AGGAAGUGCAGCCUUCGGCGGUAUUACAAGAGUUUUCCAUUAUUUGCUUUUCAUUUGGAUGUUGAGUAGCAGUACCUACUGCUAGUGCUGGGCAAUGUAGUUGCAACAAGAAGAAGAACAACAAGUCAUGUUGAUCACUAGCCUUUUUUGUCAUAUUCAGCCACGCUCUCACUAUCUAAACUAGGUGGCAGCGCAGCAUUUGGCGCGGAUCCGAAGAAAGCACCGAAAAAGAAGGACUAAAGAUGUGUUUUUCCGCGAAAUUAGGAGGUCAAUUUAGUCAAAGUGAAGCAGAAACUAUUAGAAUUUCAAGUUCUGAAAAACUUUUUGUUGAAAAAGAACUAAAAUGGUACCAUGACGUACUAUCCUUACGACGAUGCUGUCUUUAUACAAUUCAUAGAACUACCUGUUCAUAUCGGCAAACGACCACAGGC